CUGUCAUUGGGUUUUGAAGUGAAAAAUUCAUCAAAACACAUGCACUUUUUUCUCCAAUUUUAGUCGAAAAGUCCUCCAAAAACCGCAAAAAUGGCAUCGAAUUCCGCAAAACCGCAAGGCGAAUACCAACAAAUCGACUUGAUGAAGUUGAAUUUGGCCCAACUCAACCAAUUAAAGAACCAAUUGAAUCAGGAAUUAGUUCUCUUCAACGAUUCGCUGACAACUUUGAAAGUCGCCAAGAGCAAAUAUGCCGGCUCGAAGGAAGCUUUGGAGCAAUUCAAGCCAAGUUGGAACGAUAAUGUCACCCUUGUACCGCUUACGGGAUCCAUGUAUGUGCCCGGAAAGUUUAAAGACAUCAAUAAUGUGCUCGUUGACAUCGGCACGGGCUAUUACAUCGAAAUGAAUCUCGAUACGGCGAAAGAUUACUUCAAGCGACGUGUCGAAUUCGUCACCGAACAAAUGGAUAAAAUCGAAAAAUUGGGUUUGGAAAAGUCGCGGAUACGGGAUGCCAUACAGGAAGUCAUGACGAUAAAGGUUCAGCAGCAAAUGGCAGCCCAACAAGCAGCGGCGGGAACUGCGGGAGCGCAAAAAGCCUAAAAAUAAAGAAAGAACAAUUUUUUUCAUCAUCACUCGAGUUUCAAAAAAAGAAGUUGCAUUUGUUGAAAAUUUUUUAUAAUUUAACUCAUCAAAAAACUUAUUUUUCAGCAGAAGAAAUAAUAAAAUACGCACCAAUUCAUAACAGCUUUGAACAUUAA